CUUUUUUUGUGGUCCUGGAGGUCCCCACUCCUUUGACCUGAGACCGACCUUUUAGAGUCCUGUCCGCCACGCCGGUCCCGCGCGGAAAAGCGCCACAUGGACGCCUCGGGCGCGCCCCAUGCGGCCGGCGGCCGCUCCGUUGAGCUCAGCGCGGUGCGGCGCUGCGUGGUGAAGGUCUUCGUGCGAAGCUCUCAGCCCAACUGGACCUCGCCGUGGCAGCGGCGCCCGCAGCGUGCGGGGAGCGGCUCUGGCUUUUGCAUCAAUGCGAGCCGCCGACAGAUCCUCACGAAUGCGCAUGUGGUGGGAGAUGCGGUCACGGUGCGCGUGCGCCGCUACGGGCAUGCUGCGCGGUAUCCCGCCAAGGUGCUCUGCAUCUCGCCGCAAGUGGAUUUGGCGCUGCUAGAGGUGCCGGCGGAGGCCUUCUGGGAAGCUCCGCCGGCCCUGAGCUCCGUGGAACUGUCGGAGGAGGUUCCGGAGCUGGACAGCGACGUGCUGACGGUGGGCUACCCCUUGGGCGGAGAGAACAUCUGUGUGACUCGAGGGGUGGUGUCCAGAAUCGAUCUGAUGGACUACACCUUCUCACCAGUAGGCGGUGAGCGACAGCUGGUCAUGCAGGUCGAUGCUGCGAUCAACCCCGGCAACUCCGGUGGCCCCGUGCUGGACGCCAGCGGAAAGGCGGUGGGUGUGGCCUUUGCCAAGUUGCAGAGCAGCGCAAACAUCGGCUACGUGAUUCCAGGCUCUGUGGUGCGCUACUUCCUCCGGGGCGUGGCGCGCUGCCGCAGCCCGGUGCUUUGCGCUCUGGGCGUCCGCUUGCAGCCCGCGCGGAGCGCCGCCCUGCGAGCCUGGCAUGGCCUGGAGACGGAGGAUGGCGCUUUGGUCGUAGAUGUGGCGCCCCUGUCGGCGGCUGCGCAAGCUGGUCUCAAGGCGGGCGAUGUGCUGCUAGCCAUCGAUGAUGUGCCUGUGGCGGAGGAUGGCUCCAUCCCCUUCCGCGACGCUGAGCGAAUUGGGUUCGACUUUUUGGUCUCCCGGCGCGUGACGGGAGAUCUCUUCAGUGUGAAGGUGUGGAGAUCGGAGGCCGAGGAGGGUGAUUUCUCCGCAGUGCAGCUCCACUUUCCGCUUCACCACUACGUGCACGUCUCGGCGAAGCCGUUGCCGCAGCUGGUGCCGCGAAGGGCAGGCGUGGAUUGCGUGCCGUCCUACCUGGUGGUUGGUGGGCUGGUUUUCAUGCCAUUGACUCUGCCCUGGUUGCUCGCGCGCUUCUCAGAGGUGCGGAAGGCGCCGGGAGAGCUGCAAGCGAAGCUCUGGGAACACAAAGAGCACCCAGAACAGGAGGUGAUCGUGCUGGCCAAAGUCCUAGCUGCAGAGGUGAACUAUGGCUACCAGGACCUCGCCUGCUACGAGCUGCUAUCCUUUGCCGGGCGCCCCGUGCGCAGCCUCCGCGCGCUGCGGGACCGGCUCCAGGAGCUCCAUGCGGCAGGCUCGGAACGCUUCCUACGUUUCGGCUUGAGCUUCAACCUUGAGAUCGUUUUGGAAGCGGAGCAGUGCCGGCAGACGCACUCCAGCAUCCUUCAGCAGCAUGGCAUUCAGCAGGACUGUUCGUCCGACUUGCUGGAGCCGGCUGCGCGGCUUUGAGCCUGCACAGCUUCGCGGCGGGCCGUGAGGGUGCAGGGCGCGAAGAUGUGCCGAAAAUGGACCGCGUGCGCGACUGGACCUGCUGGGGGGUGGGGGUUGUCAGCGAAGGCGGUCAAUUGAGAAGUGCCUUUCUUCUGUAUGAGGCUUGUGAUGCUACACAGUUUCAUUUUCCGUUGAGAUCUGGAAGGGUUUCUGAUGGAAAGGUGGGUGAAAGAAGGAAAGAAGCCAGUCUGCAGAACCAACAUCAGGUUUUCAGUUUCGCAACCUUUCCAGCUGUCCUACAUGUUUUUCCCGUGAUCUCCCCUUUGUGUUCUUGCACCAGAGCAUGUGCACGUGCCGACCAGGUUGGAUCUGAGGAGCAGGCAAGGUGGGAUCUGAGCAGAAGCUUUUCCAGCUAUACGGGGCGUCUAGCAUCUCCCCGCAUUGACAGCAUCUCCCCACUGGCACUUCACGGCAGAAAUCCGAAGAUUCAGUGAGUAGAGUCGAGUCGAGUAGAGUCGCAAGUGGACCCUGUAUCGUUUCAGGGCUCGGUUGUUGCGCUCAAGCUGGGCACGUUUGUUCAGUGCAGCCCUGCUCGGGUUGCUGCUCGGUGGAUCGCCAGGAGCUUGACACGAUUGGAGCCGGGGGACCUGAAGAGAGGCCUGCGCCUGUCUCUCUGGCCGUAGCUUUGGCCUGCGGAUGGUGAAGCCUCGAAGUGGUGUGAUCUUCACGGAAGAAACCUAGGAAGGUCACGGUUCUUUUUCGUGUUGGGGCCUGGUUGGAGUCGGAUGGCAUGUGAACAGGAGAUAGCAG